AUGAAAUAUUUACAAACUCAUCUGGCCUCAUCAUGUCACCCUACUAUCCUAGUUACUACAGCAACAACGCCACCUGCAACUCGACCAUCAAAGCAAGGCAAGGUCACGUGAUUCGACUAGAUAUCGAUGAGUUUGAGCUGGAAAUGAGCACGCGAUGUGAAAAUGACUACGUAGAGGUCUAUGAUGGCGAGACACGAAUCGGUAGAUAUUGUGGUGCGAGGUAUCCACCUAUCAUUCAGUCAACCACCAACCAAUUUUCUGUGUUAUUUCAUUCAAAUGCGAGGAUCACCCGCGCAGGGUUUAUGGCACGUUACCGGAUCCUGAAAGAUGACGACACCAAUAAAGAAUGUUUGCAAGAUUGCCCAGCUGAAUGUGAAUGUCGAAGGCUGUCAGAUGGCAGAAUUGUAGUCUCAUCCCGAAGUCUUAAUUCAGUUCCUGGUCAACUUCCUCUGARAACAUCUGUCGUCUUAUUCUCUGGAAAUAAAAUUUUUCGGAUAGAUAGCAAGACCUUCAAGAAUCUGCAAUAUCUGUCUUUAAUAGACCUGAGUUAUAAUAGGCUGAUCCACAUGGAUCAAAAAUCGUUCUCCACUCUUCCAUCGCUUCAUACUUUGCGGCUCAACAUGAAUUUCAUGAGAGAAAUAGAAAGCGAAACAUGGGACGCAGUCGAAACACUGCAAAACCUAGAUAUUGGAGAUAAUUUAUUAUCGAGCAUUGGGGGAGACCGAUUCAGUACAAUUGUGUUUGACUUCAGAGGCAAACGGUUGAGCUUGAAAACUGCUUACUGCGUUUGCUCUGUCCUUUGGAUUAUUGGAAUAGCCAUUGCCUUCACUCCACUGUUUGCCACAAGCUACUUCAUCGAUGAAACGACCGGUUUCUCAUUCUAUGGACGAUCGACUGUUUGCCUUGCAUUUCAACUUUCCUCAGAGCAACCUGCAGGAUGGGAGUACUCCGUUGCWGUUUUCAUGGCCYUCAAUGGCGCUGCUUUCUUAUUCAUCUUUGUUGCUUAUGUAGCUAUAUUCAUAAAGGUMMAAAAGUCUGCCAAAAARGUCCAGUCAACGAGAGAGCCUUCAUCUUUGGGGACACGAAUCAUGUUUAUUGUCCUGACUGACUUUGUUUGCUGGAUGCCGGUAAUCGUGAUCGGUCUUUUGUCUCUCGCUGGUCAUUUUAAGGAUCCAACGGGACAAGUGUAUGCGGUGAUGGCUGUUUUUAUUCUUCCCGUGAACUCCUCCAUUAAUCCUAUCUUGUAUACGUUUGCAACACCGCAAGCAAAGAAAGCAUUCAUGCAAUGGUCAUCAGACAUAUUAGGUGCAAUUUCAGAAUUGAGAGCGACAAGACGGUCUUUAAAUGAAUCUGGUAAACGAACGGAAGACAAGAACAAAAGGCAAACAGAUGUUGAAUUGGUACAGAUCAAACGAUCCUACCACAACCAAUAGACUUCCUCAAGAUAUGU